AAAAAAAAUAAGAAAAAAGAAGAAAAAAGGACAAAGAAAAGUAAAUAAAAUAUAAAGAUGGCAGAUGAAUAUAGUUUCUGAUGCAUAAACCACGAUGGAUGAAAGGUCGUUUUUUCACUUUAUAAAUACCCAAUUCUUCGGCCACUUUGCUUUUAUUUUCUGAUAUAUCUCCUUCCUUGUUCUGCUAAGUGGAAAGAAAGAAAGAAAAUUUCAAGGGCUGAAACAUCUAUCUUUAAUUGUAUCCUCCCUUUGUUUCCUCACAAGGUUGCAAGCAUGGCUUUUCCAAACCCAUCCAUGUCAGUUUCUCCACAGAAGAAGAUGGGAAGGGGGAAGAUUGAGAUCAAGAGGAUUGAGAACACCACCAAUCGCCAAGUCACCUUCUGCAAGCGCAGAAACGGCUUGCUCAAGAAAGCAUAUGAAUUAUCUGUGCUUUGUGAUGCAGAGGUUGCUCUAAUUGUCUUCUCUAGCCGUGGACGCCUCUAUGAAUAUGCUAAUAACAGUGUCAAAGCAACCAUCGAGAGGUACAAAAAAGCAUGUUCAGAUUCGUCCGGUGCUGGAUCUGCUUCUGAGGCUAAUGCACAGUUUUACCAGCAAGAAGCGGAUAAACUUCGUGCACAAAUUAGUAGCCUGCAGAAUAACAACAGGCAAAUGAUGGGUGAGUCUUUGGGCCCUCUGACUGCCAAGGAACUCAAAAACCUGGAGACUAAAUUAGAAAAAGGAAUUAGUAGGAUUCGUUCAAAAAAGAAUGAGCUGCUAUUUGCUGAAAUUGAGUACAUGCAGAAAAGGGAGAUAGACUUGCACAACAACAACCAGCUUCUUCGAGCAAAGAUAGCUGAAGGUGAGAGGAACCACCAUAACUUGGCCGUGUUGCCUGGCGGCUCAAACUAUGAUUCUUUGCAGACUUCUCAGCAGCAAUUUGAUUCUCGUGGCUACUUCCAAGUCACUGGAUUACAACCCAAUAAUCAGUAUGCACGGCAAGAUCAGAUGUCGCUUCAAUUAGUAUGAUGUGGUUAGUAUUGAGACUUGAGAUGUUCUGCUACCUUGUAGUUUGCCUUCUAGUAUGAUAGCAGAUGAAUGCAAAGGGUAAUGUAAGCAGAAUCAUGUGUAUAGGGGAUUUAAGCAUACAUCCCCUCAGUAUUAUAUAUGUAAUGGCUUUGUAGACUUUCUUAAGACUAUCCUGUAUCUAUUGUGAAACGCUCUCUGAUAUGUUAGCAUGUGUCCUAAUUAAUAGUAUGAAGAAGACACCUAGCUUGGCAUGUUUUUCAGUCUUUGUUCCCCUUCAAUAUCAUAGGUUUGAACAUCCAUUCAUGAAUUUUAUUUUUCAACUAAACAGUAUAUACAAAAUUAUGCCUCUU